AUGUGCCACCUGAAGCGUCAUGUCAAGUGCGAUGAAAAGAGGCCUGCGUGCCUCAACUGCGUAAAAUGGCAAGGCUACUGCGACUCGUACGCCGAUGCGCAGACCUUGACGAGCCUACACAUCAUCCACGCCAAAAAGGCGGCCCGGAUACUCACCGAGCCCCCCGUCAGCGCCAUCCCGUUUGCCAGCCCGGACCAGCGCACCUACUUUGACGAGUGGUCCUCCCUCUCCACCACCUUUCUCAGCGGCGGCCUGGGCCAGACGAGCCUGUGGACGGCCACGAUGCCCCAGCUAACGCUGCAGGAGAAGACGCUGCGCUACGGCGCCAUGGCCGUCGGCGCCCUGCGCAAGGCCUACGAGGUCGACGGGCCCGGCGUCACCCUGACCAGCAGCAACAGGCACUACUUCAACGCCGUCAAGUACUACUGCGAGGCGCUCCGGCGGCAGUCCGAGGAAAGGCCCGGCGAGACGCGGCCCAGCGGCGGCGGGCUGAGGACGGCGCUCCUGUCGUCGCUGCUCUUCAUCUGCUUCGAGGCCCAGUGCGGCAACAUGGCCGCGGCCCUCAAGCACGUCACCCACGGCUUCAGCAUGCUCAACGAGCUGGCCACGUGCACCGACAAGGCACCCGGCCUCGUCUCCAUUGCCCCGGCCCCGCCGGCCCUGGUGCAGGAGAUCCUCGACUGCUACAAGCCGCUGGAGCUGCAGUCCAGGUCUUUUAUGGGCUCGUACAAGAGAUUUUUCUUCUCAUCUCCGCAGCCCACCCCGCCGCUGUCCGCAUACGGCGAUGCGUCGCGGCCACAUCCCCCGCGGAAGCCUCGGCAAGACCCAACUCAGCCGCCCGCGGCCGUUUCCUGUUUCCAGCUUUCACAGACCGGCCUGCCAAGCCCCCAAAGCCAGGACAGCCCGGGCAGCCCGGCGACCGGCCAGUCUCCGCCCCGACCUCUGGGCAUCCUCCCGUUUACCAAGCACACGCCGUAUUUCCGCCCAACACUCUCGAGGAUAACCUCGCUCGACGACAUGCCCCUGGUCUUUCGGGACAUGGACGAGACGCUGGGGUACUGGGCGCUUGUGCAAAGGGGCAUGGUGCAGCACAUCCCCAUGCUGACGGGAAUCACCUCUCGGCUGGCCUUGACGCGAGCGGACAACGAGGCCGAGCUGGAGAUGAAGCUCGCGAGCGUAAAACAAAACCCCAGAAUGUGUAGCUUCAUUGCCGACUCACGAUAUUGGCUCCAGAGGUGGACCGAGGCGUACGAGCCGCUGUUCCAGGCCAUGGCCAGCAACUCAGCCAAGGACCUCAGAGGCUACCUCCAAGCCAUCAAUCUUCGCGUCGAGUACUUAAUUCUCUACGUCUACACGACGACCCCACGCUUCUCCGGCAUUGGGACGGCCAAAUGCCUGACGCCUCAAUACCGGGAAAUCAACCGCUUCGCCGAGACGCUGCUGGCGGCGCGGCCGAACUGCGGCUUCGCCAUGGACUCGGGGUGGACAUGGCCGCUCUUCGUGUCGGCCUUUGCGUGCCGAGACCCGGCCGUCAGGGCGGAUGCGACGCGCAUCCUGGGCCAGUACCCGAUGCGCAACGCGUUGCGAGACAGCCGCGUCUUCCGCGCCGUUGCCCUGAAGAAUGAGGAGGUGGAGACGAGCGUGGCCCUGGAGGGCGACGAGGAGGCGCAGUGGCUGCGGCUGCGGCGGCGCGAGGUCGUCUUCGAGGACUUUGGCACGAGCAUCAUCUACCGCUCGUCGCAAAAGAACCCGCUGACGGGCCGCUGGGAGCUCGUCGAGGAGGCGGCCGGCUUCGGCCUGCGCCCGGACGGGAAGCUGGACUGGAAGAGGGUGCCCAUCUCCGACUCGGCGUCAAUCCUGUUUGGCGUGUGCUGA